AUGUCGUCAGGCUCGCGGCGCUCGUGCGAGGCAUUGGCCGACACAUCAAGCCGUACCUCCGCAGCCUCUACCGGAAGUCCAUUUUUCGAGCUUCCCCUCGAGGUCCGCUGCAAUAUUUAUGAUUUGAUGGUUAGGCUUCCCUACCGUGACCAUCUGAACCUUUUGUGCGUACACAAGCAGGUGCACGGCGAGGCAAGAGAAUCUUUCUACCAGAGGCCGCUCUACUGUGACUCUCAAUACGAUCUCAUCAAGUUUGUGGAGCGAUGGCCGGAAAGCGUUCUGCAAAGCAUAACCGAUCUUCGGAUGCGCGUGGAAGAGAUUCGACCUGAAAUCAUGCAGGAGUACCUUGCGGCAAUUGCAAGUGGCAACCCAGAGCUAAUCCAUCGGCAUCCAUAUCUCAUGGAAAUCAACCAAAUCACUUUUGCCCUCGCAGAACUGCCUGGCAUUACACAUUUGCAGCUGCUGAGGCCGAUCGGUCUUCAAACGAGUAUACCAUCCAGCAUUGUCAUGACACAUCUGCUCAACUGGGCAGCCGAGAAUUACCCCAUACUCCGGUCGUUGAGACUUGACAUCGAGCAGUGCCAUAUUGGCUGUCUGGGGUCUUUCACGGAGCUAAGUUCGUUACAGAUGACUGGAUAUUCCGAGACCAGUCCAAUGAGGACAGCGGAUGUGCUCAGCAAACUGACGAACCUUGAGGAGCUCAUGGUUGUGGGUCCGCCUCGGGGCCUGCAAACGCUGCAACGACAUGGGAUGGAUGCAGACGUCUUCCUGACCCAGAAGACUAUGAAAGCACUUUAUGAAGUCCACCGGGAGAGCCUCCGGUCGCUUACGAUCUCCUCGACCACAAUCCCUACCUCGGCCUUCGUUGAGUACCUGUCCGCAUUCCUUCUGGGAACAACAAACAUGAAAGAGGUUCGCAUAAUGUGGCCUGAUAUUGAGACCGCCAUUGUCGACUGCAUACCCAACACGGUCAGGAGACUUGAACUAGCGGUGGCUUCUCGGGACCAAGCACAGGCCAUCAUUGACCGGCUGGUGUUGAUGAAGUAUCGUCUAAAAUGCCUGCAAUGCGUCCAUUUCCACAUUAUCAAUCCAGUUCACGAGACGUCGGCUGAUGACAAGGGGGCCGGAUCGAACCGUUUGGCUUUCGGUCUGCCGAUUCGACGUUUGGACACGGCCAUUGAAUCACCAUUUAAGAUAUCCUGGGGCAUCUGGCAGCCCAUGUUGCCCGAGUAG